GUAAAUUUUUUUUUCGCAGAUCGAACGUAAGCCAAUCGGAUUGUCGUGAAUUUAUCGUUAUUUGAUUUUGGCGCGCUUUUCUCAAAUAAUAUUUUACUGCAGCCAUGUUGGAGCAGUCGUGUAUAGGACGCGGCGUGCGUUUCGAUGUACCUUUGCCUCUUAAGUUUUUUAAUUUAAUUAUACUCAUUAUAUUUUAUAUCGAUACUUCGGCAUAUAAGAAACAAUUAAUUUUCCUUAUAAUAAAGAAAAUGUGAGACUGAGAAACGUUUUAUCGACAUACUCGUAUUCUAAGUGUUCAUUCGUUCGAAUUGGAGGUUAUAAACUCUCGCGUGCUGCCGUUGAUGAACGCGCGCGAUUAAUAAGUUUUAAGAGAAAAGAAAAAAAAAGGAAAAAAAAAAGAAAAGAAAAAAAAAACAAAUAGAAAAAGAUGAAUUUCUCUGGAAAUAAUAUUAUUCAAGGCACAUUGCCUCAAUUUUCCGAGUUAACGUCGCGAUCGAAUUCUACUUCUAACGUUGAAUUUAAUCAUAACGGAAACAACAGUAGCAGUGCAUUAGAAUUACCAACGGUUCAAAAUUCUAUUUACACUACGGUCGCAGGUUCGAAUCAGAAUAAACAGCAAUUUCUUGUAAACUCACAGAAUAAAUACCCUGGAUCUUUAUUUACUUGGCCGGAUUCUAAUACUCUUAUGCAGCUGUGCGAGAAACAGGGUAUACAAGCAAUCAACAUUCCUAAUUAUAAUCAGUGCAAUCCUUCUUCGAUAAUCAACGUCCAAUCAAAUACUCUCCCAGUAAGGAUUAUACCUAAUGUGUACUUACCUUCGACGUCUCAAAUAGAUACUCAAAAGGAAGAGAAUAAGACUGACAAUGAUACGAGAAAUUCUGAUGAGCAACAAGCUGCUCAAUUGGUACAAGGUUCUAAUAUGACCGAAUAUCUUCAAAAGUUGCAAGCUACGACACUGCCAUUAACGUUACAACAAUUAAUCAAAUUGCAAACUGAACAAAUUAAGAAAGAUAAGACGGAGGAAGAGAAAUCUGAACAUAAUCAAAACAAUAUUUUAAACAUUCCUAGCGUAUCGGUAUUUAGAAAUUCACAAACACAAAAUGGAAAUAAUUUUAUGAAUUCCGAACAUAUGAUGAUAACAUUGAAUCCUAAUGAUUUUAACGUACAUUUGCUUUCGAAUCAACAAGAUAAUGAUAAUAAUGGGCAGAUUGUAAAAGUAGAGCAACAGGUACAAACGGAUUCACCGAAAGUAGAAAAGAAAAUGAAAUUUCGGGCAAAAACCGGAGAGAUCAAAAUCAGCGUUGCUUUAGACGGUUCAAGAGUUUAUUGCUGUCCAGAGUGCAAUUUAGUUUUUCCUGAAAAAUCCGAGAUAGAUCAGCAUAUACAAGCACACAUACAGGAACGAAAAUAUCAGUGCAAGGAGUGCGGAGCGAUGUUGAAAAGAAAAGAACAUUUGGAUCAGCAUAUGCGUGGUCAUUCCGACGAAAGACCAUAUAAAUGUCCUGUGUGUGAGAAAGCUUUCAAAAGGAAUGAACAUUUGACGAGACAUUACGUUAUUCAUUCUGGUGAUAAAAAUUUUUCUUGCACCGUAUGUCAAAAGGCUUUUUCACGAAAGGACCAUUUGAAUAAACACACUCAAACACAUUUGGGCAUUAAAAAGAGUAAAAGCAAGAAGGAUCUAUUUUUUAUAGAACAGAAAGAACCCUUUGAUAAAGCCGUUGAAUUGUCGACGAUGCCUAAGCAACAAGAAGUUGUCAUAAAAGAUGAUUCCAUUAAACAGGAAACUGAUUUUCUUCAUCAUCUUCAUAAUCUUCAAAAAGAUCAAGUUCUAUCAAAUACUUUCUCGUCGUUUAAAGAACAAUCCUUAAAAGAAGUAACGACACUUCAGCAACCGCUUGUGAACAUGAACGAAGUCUUGCCGCAAAAUACAAGGUACUUAAUGCCUUCUUAGUCAAUAAACAUAAUCGAUAUAAAAUUGUGAGCAAUAAUUUGCUUAGAAAUGUAUAAGGAAAAAAAAAAAAAAAGAAAAAAAAAGAAAAAAAAAAGAAGAAGAAGAAUAACAAAAAAAGGCUGUUUAUGGAACGUGUUGAAAUCAGCACAAAUAGAUAAUCAAUGGGAUCUGCUUAUGGAUCAAAAUACUUUGGUAUACUUUAUCGAUUUUGCGACCUUAAGUUUAUCGUGAUAGUAAAUAAUAGGAUAACAAUGCAAGUAUAUUUUCUUGCAUUUCUGAGAUUUAGACGUGGUAAAUAUCAUCGAGAAAAUGUUUCUAUUAUUAAGCGUCUAUAUUUCAGUGUGAUCUUGUUUUAUGAAAGAGUAUGAAUCUGUUGAAACGUUUGAGUGAAAUGAAUAGUCCUAAAAGAAAAGAAAAGAAAAAAAAAAAAAAAAAACCAGAAAAGAAAGAAAGAAAGAAAGAAAUAAAGAAGAAAAUAAAAAGAACAGAAAAAAAAAAAAAAGUAUAAAUGUUCAAUGAAUGAUGCCUUAAGUUCGCGAUCAUAGCGAACACACACUGAAAUAUAUAAGGUUGAUUUCAAUUUAAUAUACUGUCCCAUCACAACCAUUAUAUUUUAUCUGCGCUUUAUGAGAUAAACGUGAUUAGAUAUUUUUUAGAAGUUGCCAUUACAAUACAAGUAAUCCAUAUAAUAGUAUAUGGACUACUUGUUAUUAUAUAUGUUAGUUUAUCUAAAUAAAACAAAACAAAAAAUA